AUGGGUUUCCUCGAUGACUGCCAGCCUUACCAGCGUUUCCGUGCCGAAAGAGGCUUGAGCUUUCCCGAUGGACCAACGACAUGGUACUGCAUCGACUGGGACCAGCGACGCCACAUUUCGAUCCGCGUCCGCGAAGAGGUCACAAUGGGCGAUGAUUUCAGUGGCUGCGAAGCCAUCACUGCGAUGGAGCUUAUCUUCCGAGGUCUGUCCGGGCUCGUUGACCGGCUUGACGACGACGUCUAUCUCGUCAACUUCUCGAUGGAUGGUGAUUUCAUUUCCGCCUCGUCCGAUGAAAGAGACGACGAAGUUCUCACGACGCUUUACUGCCCUGUCGAAAUGAUUCCAGAGGCAUACAGAAACCUCAAAAUUGUUGUUUCGAGGGCUGAUCUGGUCGAGGUCGACAGGCUGUCUCCUGGCGUGGACCUGGUCACGUACAGGUCCGAGCCCGGAUCAAGGGCCGUGUUCAAGUACGACUUCCGCCACUACCGCGCCCUUAGGAAUUGGGACGAGCUCAACUACUGGUUGAGGCUCACCUCUGAAGGGCACCCUAGCAUCGUGCCCUUUGAAUGGUAUCGCAACGACGUCGAAGUUGUCGUUGGCUUCACAUCAGCUUUCGUCUCAUCUAAGACGUUGCAGGAUCUGCAGAAGCAACCCUCAUGGCUUUUCAAAAAGAAGUAUCUCGAGCAACUCAUUGACGUUGUCACCCACCUCAACAUGGACUUCGGCAAUGUCCACCGAGCCAUAGCCCCUCGAAACCUCCUCGUCAACCCUGCAACGGAUACGCUUCAACUUUUCAAUUUCAGCCGCGCUCGAAGCCUUUUCUUGUACGAUCCAAUUCAGUCGCAGUUUAGCAAUACCGAGGGCUCCGACCUCGAUGUCAAAGGUGUCGUAGCCACCGUCUACGAGAUUAUGGCAUCGAAAGAGUAG